AUGCGGUUCCUGAUCGACACAGGUGCUGAGGUCAGCGUCAUCCCCGCUCCCCGUUCUUACCGCGGAUCUCGAGAGCACUGUUUCACCCUCAAAGCCGCCAACGCGUCAACAAUUCCAGUCUACGGCCAACAGUCACUUACCCUAAACAUCGGCCUCCGGCGAGAUUUCCGCUGGCUUUUCCUCGAGGCCGACGUUACCCAGUCCAUCCUGGGCGCUGACUUUUUGAGGCACUACAAAAUCCUUGUUGAUGUGUCCCGGAAGCGUCUCAUAGACAGCACCACAUCUCUCACUGUCCACGCUCUUCAGCUACCUCCUCUUCCAUCGCACCUAUUGUCAUUCACUGCCCCCCACUCUUCUCCAACAUCCAUCCCUAAGGGGUACCCUGCUCUUUCUCGCCCACCUGACUGGACGAAACCGGCGCAGCAUGAAGUCGUGCACCAUGUGAUCACCCAGGGCCCCCAAGUUCAUUUCCGCCCACGCCGACUCGCACCCGAGAAGUACAAGGUAGCCAAAGCGGAGUUUGAUCACAUGCUUCAACUCGGCAUCAUCCGCCCUUCCUCGAGCACGUGGGCGUCGCCGCUCCACAUGGUGCCGAAGAAGACAGGCGACUGGCGACCAUGUUGA